UAAAAGAAACAAUGACCUCUACGCUCUGUGGUCUUCAGUUACUGUUUCCUCUGUUACUCCUCGUGACGGUUGGAUACAGUGAUGUUGGUAACUUUAGCGGUCCCCUGAAACCCAUGAAUUUCACAGUUCAGGAAGCUUCCUUAGUAGGAGUCAUAUUCCAGUUUAAGGUCAGUCCUCCUGCCCAGACAGUUAAGCUGACUGGUGAAACUGAUGACAUCAUUUGCAUCAAACCAGAAACCGGGUGGCUGUAUCUCAAUGGAACUCUUGAUUGGGAGAAAAGAUCUGCCCACAGGCUCCAGGUGGCAGGUCUGGAUGCCAGAGGGACGACAGUCGAGGGCCCUUAUCCGAUCGUUAUCAUCGUGACAGACAUCAAUGACAACCAGCCGGUUUUCACCCAGGAAAAUUUCAAGGGCUCCGUGAGAGAGAAUUCCCGACCAGGAAGACCCUUCAUGCACGUCAGUGCUACUGACCUGGACGACCCCUCCACGCCCAACGCCCAGCUCUUCUACCGCAUCCUCGCCCAGAUCCCCAACCCAGGGGUGGAGAUGUACUUCCAGGUGGAUAACCAGACGGGGGCCAUCUCUAUCACCCGAGAAGGGUCUAAGGAGUUGGAUGUCAAGAAGAAUAACAACUACCAGUUGUUUGUCAUGGUGACAGACAUGGGAGGCCAAGGAGACAAUGCCUUCAGCACCAGCACAAAUGUGUUUAUCACCAUAGAGGAGAAUAUUUGGAAAAGCCCAGAUCCCAUUUACAUUGCAGAGAACUCUACCGAACCUCACCCUUUGAAAAUCACACAGGUGAUGUGGAAUGACCUGGGUGCACAUUAUGAGUUAGUGAACAAGGAGAAGCAGUCUCGAUUCCCAUUUUCAGUUGACCAAAAUGGAUCAAUUUAUGCCACCCAACCCUUGGAUAGAGAAGAAAAGGAGUCGUAUGUAUUCUACCUAGCUGCCCUGGAUGAGAUGAAAAAGGCACUGGCAAGACCUUUGGAAAUUUUAGUCGAAGUCAUAGACAUCAAUGAUAACCCACCUGUAUGCCCCUCUCCUGUGACCAUAUUUGAAGUUCAGGAGAAUGAAAAAAUAGGCAGCAACAUUGGAGUUCUGAAGGCUUCCGAUGCAGAUAAAGAAGGUAGCGGCAAUUCCUUUCUGAGUUACAGAAUCUUGGAGCAGAUCCCAGAGACCUCCGGCAAAAACCUCUUCCUCCUUCAGUUGCACACGGGGGUUUUCCAGCUGGCCCAGAGUUCGCCGAAGAAGCAGGAUGCCCCACAAUACAACCUGACCGUGGAAGUGUCCGAUAAUGUGUUCAAGACCAAAUGUGCCGUGCAGAUCAAUAUUAUUGAUAUCAAUGAUCAGAUUCCCAUUUUUGAGCAGUCUGACUACGGUAGCCAGACAAUUGCUGAAAAUGCUCCAGUCGGAACCACCAUAUUGAACAUCCAGGCCAGAGAUGGGGAUGAGCCUUUCACCGGAAGCUCUAAAAUCAUAUACAAGAUAAUCCAGGGGGACCCGCACGAUACGCUGGAGGUUGAAACAGAUCCCCAGACCAACACAGGAUAUGUCAAGAUCAAGAAGCCACUUGAUUUUGAAACGCUGCCAACGUACGACCUGGUGUUCAAGGCCGAGAACCCGGAGCCUCUGGUGUUUGGAGUAGAUUACAACUCAAGCUCCUUUGCCACUUUUAAGCUCUUUGUGGAUGAUGUGAAUGAGGCGCCGGUGUUCUUCCAAUCCAUCUACCAAGUACAAAUAUCAGAGGGGGCUCCUCUGGGGACCAACCUGACGAAGGUGACCGCGAAGGAUCCCGAAGGCCAAGAGAUACGUUACUCCCUGGCAAGGGACGUGAGGAACUGGCUGAAAAUUGACCCACACACCGGUGAGGUCUUCACUGCCGCCCAGCUGGACAGAGAAGCAGAGCAAUUUUAUAAACCAUAUGUGGUAGCCACCGAACAAGGUGGAUCGCGGUUGAGCUCCUCUGUGUUACUGAGCCUGUCCCUCAACGAUAUCAACGAUAAUCCUCCACGACUAAUAAAACAGUAUACGGGCUUUUUCUUCUGCUAUCCCCUCCAAGCUCGGGGGAGCCUCAUUUUCGAAGCCACCGAUGAUGACAGGCAGUGGUAUCUUGGGCCGCAGUUCACUUUCUCCUUGGGUGAUGACACAUCGGAUAAAGACUGGGAAGUUACAAAAAUCAAUGGCACCCACGCAAAACUCUCCACGAAACACACCAACUUUGAAGAGAAAGUUUAUACGGUUUCAGUAAAAAUCAACGAUGGUGGAAAACCGCCUCUGGAAGGAACUUCCUCAUUCCCAGUCACUGUGUGCACCUGUGCGGAUGGAAGGUGCUACAAGCCAGUUGAAAGACAACCUGGGAGGCCCACUGUAGGCAUGGCAGUUGGCAUCCUCCUUGGAACCUUCCUGGUGAUCGGUAUUAUUUUAACUGUUGUAUUUAUUCGUCUGAAAAAAAAGCAGAGAAGAAACGCCAAUGCGGAAAAUGCCACGGGAUCGGAAGUUAGCCCUCUGAAAUAAAUACAUUUGAAAAACAGUUUUUAAAAUUACUCAGUGCAGAUAUUCUAGCCAACGUUUUGCUUUUCAACCACUUUCAAGUCAUUGGACAGGUUUUCAAAAAGUAUUUACACCUUUCCCUGUCCAUGUGAUCCUUCUUGACUUAUUUUUGCAUUUUUUUUUGGAGUAGCUAAACUUCUGAGACUGGGGACCUAAAGACAGCAAAUUCUCUUGUACCACUAGUGGGAGGGAGGGAGGGAAGGGGGAGAAGAUUUUUCUUGGAUUUGAAUAUAGAGCUACAAGUAAUGCCCUUUUUCAUCUCUGAAAUAUAUUUGAAGUUUCCUUUGUAACCAACUCAAUCAUCCUGACUUCCCGAUCCACUCUUGUACCUUGCUCCUCUAAAAUCUCACUGCUGUUUAUCUUGCUUUUCCACACAUUUCCAUGGUUCCUGGAUAUGGCAAAUCUUAGGCAGAGGAUAAAGGGAAAAAUUUACAAUAACUUUGUGAGUUUGGAGGAGGGAAGUGGGGAAAGGUUUAACAUUGUAUGUUUUUAGACAUUAAUGCUGUUUGUAAUAUUCUUCACUUAUCUGUGCUCAAUGAGUUAAAAUGGCAUCGUCUCUGAUGUUGGAUUGUGUUUCUGCUAUGUUUUAGCCUUGCUUUUUUAUACCAUCACCCAAACGAGUAAAAAACCUAUUUCCUAGCUUAAAUAUUGUUGUUUCCUUUGCCUUAUUAGUGAAAAUUGGUUAUUUCCUCAUGCAUUUUUAAUAUGAGGAGAAAAAUCACCCAAACUGUAAGGAAAUUGUGAAUGUGAAACCCAAAUAAAAUUUGAUUUAGUUGUCCCAAA